CACUGGCUGCAUGGUGUUGCGUUUUCUUUCAUACUCAUAACCGGUCGGUCGCUGUGUGCCUUGUUGGGCUGUCAUGUGUGCGCACCUUUUCCUUGUAGCCACUUGGACCAGAUGACAGUAAUUCUAGUCGGGAACCUUUCUAGUCUUCACUGACCGUUCAUUUUCUUAACGUCGUGUGAUUGCGCCUCGCUGCAGAGCGGGCAUGGUCAUUGCUGCUUAUCGCUGCCAGUCUCUCGUAGAACGAAAGCCGUUCGUCUCUGUCGUCGUGGUCGAUUGAGAAUCGGGACAGUCGGUCACAACCGCGAACAUGCCCGGAUCACUUCGGUUGGCCGUUGUGUGCUCCAGCAACCAAAACCGAAGCAUGGAAGCUCACGCAUUCUUGAGCAAGAAGGGCUUCAAAGUGCGAUCGUUUGGGUCUGGUGCCCAAGUAAAGCUGCCUGGUUCGGCACCGGACAAGCCCAAUGUGUACGACUUUGGCGUCACCUACGAACAGAUGUACCAGGACCUAAUGGAAAAGGACAAGGCCCUGUACACGCAGAAUGGCAUCUUGCACAUGCUGGAUCGGAACCGGCGGAUCAAGCCCACCCCGGAACGCUUUCAGAGCUGCUACGACAAGUUUGAUGUCAUCUUCACCGUCGAGGAGCGUGUCUACGACCAGGUUGUCGAGGAGCUGUCCAACCGGCUACCUUGUGACAACUCUCCAGUGCACAUUAUCAACCUCGACAUCCAGGAUAACCACGAGGAAGCCACCAUCGGUGCAUUCCUCAUCUGUGAGAUGGCUCAGACGAUGAGCGAUUCGGAGGACCUGGACAAUGACAUUGACGAGCUGAUCCAGGAGUUUGAGGCCAAGGCGCAGAGACCCAUCCUGCACACUGUCCAGUUCUACUGAGCCAGCCCUGCACAAGACUCGCUCUCAACAACGAUCCUGACAUUGCAUGCUGCCUGGUGGGCCAGCUUGCAGCAAGGGUUGUGGACUGCAAAAGCAGGAGGUGUCAGUGAAAGGAACAAAGCGGCUUAGACUGUACAGUUCAACUGGUAGCGUGUUGUGUCAUCCUGUGAUGAGUGUGUCCGAGGAGGAGUGCGCAUCACACGCACUUUAAAGCAACCCACAACUGACUGCUCGAACUUUGUUAUGUUAUUGGAAACCUUAUCAUCUAUAUUUGUGUGCAGUGGAUCCAGAUACACACUGUCUAAUCUGGUUUAAAGAAAAAAUAAUUUGCCCUUUCUGGUCGAUUUUUUUUUUUUAAUGCUGGGCUACAGCAAAUCCUGUUGAAACCUAAAUCCUGUUGCGUGCUGCUGCAUACAGUAAUCCCGAGUUCUUGCAGAGCUCUUGGUCAGCAGGGUUAGUCAUGACAGCAGGGCAUUUCACUGAUGCAGAAACGGAGCACUACAUCUCAUCUGAAGAUAUGUAGGGAACAUGUGUGUUAGUACUUGAAGAAAGGUUAGGAGAUACAAGGUGUCGCCCAUCAGGAAAGCAGAUCUGUGUUGCUUGCACUAGAGUACCCACAGCUGGAUUCCAAGAACUUGUGCUUUUUCGGAGUGAACAAAGUCAUGCGGGUCAAAGUUGGUUGAUGUGUUUUUUCUGCCCUUUGCUUUCUUUCCCACUUCCAGGAAACUAGGUGUCUAGACAUGUUGGUCGUAUUCCAAUUCCCUUCGGUUGACAUUUAGCAUGUGAAGCAAAGAGCCCGAUAAGUCACAGCGACAUAUGUUUGUAAUUCUCAACUGUAAUGAAACCUGUUAAUAAAAGGUCGCCGGCUACAUUGGGUGCCUGAGACACCUACUCUAUGAUAA